GAAUGGAUAUAUAUAUAUGAAGUAGACCACCCAGGAAUUAAGCUGAUUUGUGGGGUUCCUGGCCCCCAGUUCUCUGCCAACCCUCUCCCCUGUUUUGCACCAGGCCCCUCCCUGUGGUCUUCCCAGAUUGUACAUGACCGAGGCCCAUACCCUGAACGGCCAGGCCCAAGGGACUGCAGGACAAGAACCUGUACUCCCUGUGUUCCUGCUCUUUGGCCCUUUGUCCCAGUUCGACCCAGGACUAAUAUUUACCUUUCAUACUGCAAACAGGAAGUGGGGGAGAGAUGGGAGCAGAGCUGGGCAAGGAGUAGUGUGGGACCAGUAGCCACUCCAGGUCUGGCCCCAGGCAGACAGGCAUAUACCUACUCCGGGGCAGGCCGCAAGUCCUGGGAGAGAAAGCAGACCAGAAGCCAGAGAGGCCCUGGGCCUGGCUCCUCCUCCUAGGCAACCAGCACUCACAAACAUGCCUCCAGGGCUCCCAGACGAGGAAGAGGGGAAAUGGGACCCUCGUCAGGGCGGAGAGGCUGGGGCCAAGGUCCAGCCCAGUGUGACCUGGGACAAGGUAGCAGCUCUCAGCUGGCUGCUCCCUUGCCUCUGUUUCCUCACAUCUGUGUGUGGUGAUGACACAUACCUCCUCGCUGGUUUACAUCCAUGUAGAUGAUUAUUAAGCUCUUGCUAUGUAUUUAUAAUCUCCUUUAGUCCUCACAAUAAGAUACUCAUCCCAUUUUACAGAUGAGGAAACCGAGGCCCACAGGGAUCAAAGCAACCACCACCUGUGCAUGUGUUAGGAUUGGAAGGAGCCUUGGGAAGAGCUCGUGACCCCACUGGCCUAGGUUGGCCCGUGCCUCCGGGAGGGAGGGGCUGGACAAUGGUGGUUACGUUGAUCUUUGCUGUGCGACUCCCUCCCAGACCAUCCAUCCCUGGUCCCAGGAGGACCUGUCCUCCCAGGUGGCGGGAGCGGACUAUCUAUCCACUUGUCCCCAUGGCCCUGACCCGCUGACCUCUGUCUCCCAGCUGAUUUCUUCAUGUUAGUUCAACAUUAACCCAGAGGGGUCAGGAAAAGCCCUCAGAGUCCUGGGAGCCGACACACUAUGGCGUACGUCGGAGGCCUGUGGCUUCCUGGCUGCUUGUCCCUGGCUGUCCUCGUUAGCCUUGUGCACAGCCAGCAUGUGUUCAUGGCCCCUCAGCAAGCACUGUCGCUGCUCCAGCGGGCCCGACGCGCUAACAGCGGCUUCUUCGAGGAGAUGCGGAAGGGCAACCUGGAGCGAGAGUGCCUGGAGGAGCAGUGCAGCCGCGAGGAGGCCUACGAGGCCCUGGAGUCUCCCAGUGAAACGGAUGCAUUCUGGGCCAAGUACACAGCUUGUGAGUCAGUGAGGAAAUCUCGAGAAAAGCUGGUUGAAUGUCUGGAAGGUAACUGUGCUGAAGGUCUGGGUAUGAACUACCGAGGGAACGUAAGCGUCACCCGGUCAGGCAUUGAGUGCCAGCUCUGGAGGAGUCGCUACCCACAUAAGCCAGAAGUCAACUCCACCAUGUACCCUGGGGCUGACCUGCGGGAGAAUUUUUGCCGCAACCCAAAUGGCAGCAUCACUGGGCCCUGGUGCUACACCACAUCCCCUACCGUGAGGAGGGAGGCGUGCAGCAUCCCUGUCUGUGGCCAGGGGCGAGUCACUGCGGAGCUGAUCCCACGCUCUGGAGGCUCCACAGUGAAUGUGUCACCUCCACUGGAAACCUGCGUCCCCGAGCGGGGCCGGCAGUACCAGGGGCGCCGGGCGGUGACCUCACAUGGGUCCCCCUGCCUGGCCUGGGGCAGCAGUCAGGCCAAGGCCCUGAGCAAGGACCAGGACUUCAACCCUGCGGUGCCACUGGUGGAGAACUUCUGCCGCAACCCAGACGGGGACCAGGAGGGCGCGUGGUGUUACGUGGCGGGACAGCCUGGCGACUUUGAGUACUGCGACCUGGACUACUGCGAGGAGCCAGUGGAUGAGGAGGUGGGAGAUGCGCUGGGCGAGAACGCGGAUGCGGCCAUCGAGGGACGCACCACCGUGGACGAUUUCCAGCCCUUCUUCAGUGAGAAGACCUUUGGCGCCGGGGAGGCGGACUGUGGGCUGCGGCCUCUGUUCGAGAAGUCGUCCUUGGAGGACAAAACGGAAAGGGAGCUUUUCGAGUCCUACAUCGAAGGGCGCAUCGUGGGCGGCUCGGACGCCGAGAUUGGCCUCGCACCCUGGCAGGUGAUGAUUUUCCGGAAGAGUCCCCAGGAGCUGCUGUGCGGGGCCAGCCUCAUCAGUGACCGCUGGGUCCUCACCGCUGCCCACUGUCUUCUCUACCCACCUUGGGACAAAAACUUCACUGAGAAUGACCUUCUGGUGCGCAUUGGCAAGCACUCCCGCACCAGGUAUGAGCGGAACGUCGAAAAGAUCUCUAUGCUGGAAAAGAUCUACAUCCACCCCAGGUACAACUGGAGGGAGAACCUGGACCGGGACAUCGCCCUACUGAAGCUCAGGAAGCCCAUCACCUUCAGCGACUACAUCCACCCCGUGUGCCUGCCGGACAAGGAGACGGCAACCAAGUUGCUCCGGGCUGGAUACAAGGGGCGGGUGACAGGUUGGGGCAACCUGAAGGAGACCUGGACAACCAGCGCCAGCGAGGUGCAGCCCAGCGUCCUGCAGGUGGUGAACCUGCCCAUCGUGGAGCGGCUGGUCUGUAAGGCCUCCACCCGGAUCCGCAUCACGGACAACAUGUUCUGUGCUGGUUACAAGCCUGACGAAGGGAAACGAGGGGAUGCUUGCGAAGGCGACAGUGGGGGACCCUUUGUCAUGAAGAGCCCCUUUAACAACCGCUGGUAUCAAAUGGGCAUCGUCUCAUGGGGUGAAGGCUGUGACAGGGAUGGAAAAUAUGGCUUCUACACACAUGUGUUCCGCCUGAAGAAGUGGAUGCAGAAGGUCAUUGAUCGGUUUGGAGGUUAGGGGCCACCUACGUUCUAGGCGCCUCACUGCAGAAUCGCAGAAGCCAAUCCAGUGAAAGAAUUAUUUUUGUGGUUUGUUCUUAAAACUGUAUUUCUCAAUAAAAGUGACUCUAUCAAUGA